AUCUCAGCCAUCACCAUUGGACUGUAACUCUCUCUGCCACCAUGCUGGUCUCGGGGCUGCUUCUGGUGGCUCUGCUGGCCACCCUGACUGUAUUGGUCUUGAUGUCUGUUUGGCGACAGAGGAAGCUCUGGGGAAAGCUGCCUCCUGGACCCACCCCAUUGCCCUUCAUCGGAAACUACCUACAGCUGAACACUGAGCAGAUGUACAACUCCCUCAUGAAGAUCGGAGAGAGCUAUGGCUCUGUGUUCACUGUCCACCUGGGGUCCCGGAGGGUCGUGGUGCUGUGUGGCUACGAUGCUGUAAAGGAGGCUCUGGUGGACCAGGCUGAAGAAUUCAGCGGGCGAGGCGAGCAGGCCACCUUCGACUGGCUCUUCAAAGGCUAUGGUGUGGCAUUCAGCAACGGGGAGCGUGCCAAGCAGUUGCGGCGCUUCUCCAUCACCACCCUGCGCGACUUUGGAGUGGGCAAGCGAGGCAUCGAGGAGCGCAUCAUGGAGGAGGCAGGCUUCCUCAUCGAGGCCUUCAAGGAAACGCGCGGUGCCAUCAUUGACCCCACCUUCUUCCUGAGUCGGACUGUCUCCAAUGUCAUCAGCUCCAUUGUCUUUGGGGACCGCUUUGACUAUGAGGACAAAGAGUUCCUGUCAUUACUGAGUAUGAUGUUGGGAAGCUUCCAGUUCACAGCUACGUCCACGGGGCAGCUCUAUGAGAUGUUCUACUCAGUGAUGAAGCACCUGCCAGGACCACAGCAACAAGCCUUUAAGGAGUUGCAAGGGCUGGAGGACUUCGUAGCCAAGAAAGUGGAGCAGAACCAGCGCACACUGGAUCCAAAUUCCCCGCGCGACUUCAUCGACUCCUUUCUUAUCCGCAUGAAAGAGGAGCAAAAGAACCCCAAUACAGAGUUCUACAUGAAGAACCUGGUGCUGACCACGCUGAACCUCUUCUUUGCGGGCACUGAGACCGUCAGCACGACCCUGCGCUAUGGUUUCCUGCUGCUCAUGAAGCACCCAGAUGUGGAGGCCAAAGUCCAUGAGGAGAUUGACCGGGUGAUUGGCAAGAACCGGCAACCCAAAUUCGAGGACCGGGCCAAGAUGCCUUACACAGAAGCAGUGAUCCACGAGAUCCAAAGAUUUGGAGACAUGAUCCCCAUGGGCCUGGCCCGCAGAGUCAUCAAGGAUACCAAGUUUCGGGGCUUCCUUCUCCCCAAGGGCACUGAAGUGUUUCCUAUGCUGGGCUCUGUGCUGAGAGACCCCAAGUUCUUCUCCAAACCCCAGGAGUUCAACCCCCAGCACUUCCUGGAUGAUAAGGGGCAGUUUAAGAAGAGUGAUGCCUUUGUGCCCUUCUCCAUCGGAAAGCGGUACUGUUUUGGAGAAGGCCUGGCUAGAAUGGAACUCUUUCUCUUCCUCACCACCAUCAUGCAGAACUUCCGCUUCAAGUCCCCACAAUCCCCCCAGGACAUCGAUGUAUCUCCCAAGCAUGUGGGUUUUGCCACAAUUCCACCAAACUAUACCAUGAGUUUCCUUCCCCGCUGAGCCAGGGCUAUGCCUGGGCAAAGGUUGGGGGAGAGACUAGGGGGGGAAAGAGAAGAUAAGGGAGGGACUAGCGGUGGUGGAGUUAAGAAGAUUAGGUCAGAGGAAAAGAAGGGGCAAGGUGGAUAGGAGCAAGAGGAAAAAUAGACCUUAUGUGUUCACCUUGCUAAAGAGAGAUCCUUCAGAAAUGAGAAGGGAAGUCUUACACUACGCUGUCAGUAGUAAUAUUAAUAACAACUGUUAUUUGUUGAACAAUU